AUGGGUCACCAGAAGGAGGUGGCAAAAUCUUCUCAGGAAUUUACUUGCAGCCAGACAACAGGAAACCCUACAGCGAUCUCACACCGUAUCCUUCUUAUGACAAGUAAAAUGAAUCUAAGUGGAACGGCCAGCCACCAGCUGUCUGCGACGGCGCUGCUGCCGUCUCCCGACGGCUCGCGGCACCCUCUGGACGUGUACGAGUUCGCCGAGGAGGACCUGCCGGACGGUCGGCGCGACGGCCGCGGGGGCGGCGGGGGCGGCGGCGGCCUGUGGGAGUGCCUGCUGGGCUGCCGGCACCGUCUCGACCACCAGCUGGCCAGGAGGAAGGUGGAGCAGGGACUGCGGUUGUACAAUCAGCACAAGCAGCAGGCGGCGGUUCGCAAGUGGCGGAGCGCGCUCAAGCGCAUGCGCAGAAGGGACGACAAGUUUACGCUGCUCGGCUACCUCUACCAGGCCUACAUGGACUGGGGCAAGUACAGGGAGAGCGUGGAGUGGGCGCAGCGGCAGCUGACGCUGGCGGAGGAGGCGGACUCGCCCAACCUGCGGGCCGAGGCGUACCUCAACCUGGCGCGCGCGCACGAGCGCCUGGGCGCGCUGGAGCGGGCGCUGGCCUACGCGCGCCACUCGCUGUACAACGAGUGCGACCAGUGCCGCACGGCGGGCCACGUCCACCUCACCGUCGGCUCCGUCUACCUCGAGCUCGCCGGCUUCUGCAAGGCGCUCGACUCCUUCCAGCGCGCCCACAACAUCGCGCAGGCCAUCCAGGACCCCGCGCUCGAGCUGCAGGUGUACGUGGGCCUGUCGGAGCUGUUCGGGCGCCUGCGUGACGUGGACAAGGCGACGCGGUACGCCUCCAAGGCGUACGACCUGUCGCGGUCUCUGCAGCUGGGGGACCUCAACUCGCGCCACCACCGCGCAGCCCUGCUCCAGAUGGCGGCCGCGCUCCGCAAGCAGGGGGACCUGGGCGACGCGCACGACUACUGCUCCGAGGCGACCCGGCUGGCGCUGGUGUCUGGGGACCAGGCGACGUACGCGCGCAGCAUCCGCAUCAUGGGCGACAUCUACCGCAAGAAGGCCGAGAUCAAUCGCGCCUACCGGCAGUACGAGAGCGCCAUGGGGUCCGCGGCGGAGAUGGGCGACCGGCUGUGCCAGAUGGAGGCGAUGGACGGCGCGGCCCGCUGCCUGGAGGCGCUGAGGCUCCAGCACAAGAUCUGCAACUGCCGCCCGCUUGAGUUCAACACGAGGCUCCUGGAGGUCGCCAGCUCCGUCGGCGCCAAGCUGCUGGUCCGGACGGUACGCGUCCGCCUGGCUCGCAUCUACCAGGCGCUGGGGGACGAGGAGCAGCAGGCGGUCCAGGAGCGGCUGGCGCGCUGCCUGGAGGACGAGCUGGAGCUGCAGUGCGGCGCCUGCAGCCAGCCCUUCGGCCUCGACGACGACAGCCUCGAGGCGCUGCCCUGCGCGCACAUCCUGCACGCCAGGUGCGCGCACGAGCUGCUGCGGCGGCGCGACAAGAAGAAGAAGCGGCUGUGCCCGGACUGCCAGCGCUCGGUGAGCUCGCGGCUGUACCUCUACUGCGACGACCCGCACCGCUCCAGCUUCAGCCUGAGCAGCGUCAGCCUGCGCGCCUCCAGCCUCACGCUGGACUCGCAGCAGGCCACGUCGUCCGUCUGA